AAACUGAAGCACUCUGCGAAAAUAAUGAAAAAUUUUGGAAUUGAUAUAUUUUCGCCUUCCCGUAGCAUUGCUAACACUUUGGAUAAAUGGGAGUUACCUAAGGAAAAUGUGGUAAUCAAUCGACGUUUGGGUGAAGGUGCUUUUGGAACCGUCUACGGUGGUGAAGCGUUAAUUAAUUCUGAAAACUGGACAGCUGUGGCGGUGAAAACCUUAAAGGUUGGCGCUUCUACUGAAGAUCGCUUAGAUUUUCUCUCCGAGGCUGAAGCCAUGAAACGUUUUAAUCACAAAAAUAUUGUAAAACUUUUGGGAGUUUGCUUGCAAUCAGAGCCUAUUUACACUAUAAUGGAAUAUAUGCUGUAUGGUGAUUUAAAAACAUAUUUGCUUGCCCGUCGGCAUUUGGUAAGCGAAACUAUUUCUGAUGAUUCGGAUAUAUCUAGCAAACGUCUUACAAUGUUUGCAUUAAAUAUUUCGCAUGGCUUGGAUUAUUUGGCUCAACAGAAAUACGUACACCGUGAUAUAGCUUGCCGUAACUGUUUGGUAAAUGCAAAACGAGUUGUCAAAAUCGGUGAUUUCGGCAUGGUUCGUCCGACUUACGAAAGUGAUUAUUAUCGUUUUAAUCAUAAAGGUAUGUUACCUGUACGCUGGAUGGCACCUGAAUCUUUGGCAUUGGGCAUGUUUACCCCAUUUUCUGAUGUUUGGGGUUUUGGAGUAGUACUCUUUGAAAUCAUAACUUUUGGCUCCUUUCCAUAUCAGGGUUUAACGAAUGGUGAAGUUUUGCAGUUUGUAAAAAAUGGUAAGACCCUGAGAAUGCCAGCUGACGCGAAGCCACAAUUAAAGGGCCUUAUAAGAGCCUGUUGGAAUCGUAAUCCCAAAAAAAGACCAGCGGCAUCUGAAAUUGUUAAAUAUAUAACCAAUUACCCUCGCCUGCUAACACCUUGUCUGGAUUUCCCCAGUGCUUGCAUAGAAAUGGCGUACGCGGGAAGUGACCAGCUCGAAUUUCUGCCCAACUCUCUUCAGUUUUCUUCACAAGGAAGUUACUCAAGCCUCGAUAUAGCAGAGCAAGCUACAAGAGCUGAAAAGAUAAAGGACAGCGGUUUUGUUGAUGACGAUAAUUUGCCAGAAAUUAUUAGCGAUUCUUCUAAUGAUCCGAGUUCGUAUUCGCCCACGACAGUGGAUGGGUAUAGCGUCAUGUCGCCUUUGCUUGUGCCUCAUGUCAGCUGCGGUAUAAGUGAAGCGCACACUUAAAUAUUAAAAAAAUCACUUUAAAAUACGCAGUAACGGCUUCGUAGCUGCGAGAACGGAGAGCGCCCGACGCACGUUUAGUGGCAUUUAGGUGCAUUUAAUUAGUGGCAACAAAUUUUGAAAGAUUCAGUUCCUAUAGAUGAUGUUAGUCUAAGCACUUGGUUUUAAUUUCAGUUUGUAUUUAAAUUUGUAAUGAAAUGUACAUACGAUCUACUCGCAUUCGAGUCUGGUGCAAUCAUAAUGACAAUUUUGUCAAUGACAAUGAUUGAAAAGCAAGCGGAAAGCUUUAUUUUUUCCUCGCGAGACAAAUGUUGCAUAUUCAUGAUAUAUUUUUUAUUGACCUCAACGAUCGAGGCGAUCGGAACUGCUCUCAAUUCUAAUAGAUAAUCACGUAAAAGAUAUUCCACUCAAAAUUCAUAUCAGGCAAAAUCGCCAACGUAUAGUUAAAAUUUUCAAUGCAAAUUUUCGAAGCUUUUGCAAUUACUUAUCGUAGAAGUGAUUGAGACCGAGCCAUAUUAUAAUUUUUCCCUGCGGAAUAUAGCCAAUGGCACAUUUGUUCAUUUCCCACUGGUACUGCAAAAUACUUGUAUUUUCAUAGCCUAAUUAAAGCAAACAUGAUGGAGUUCAGUUUGGUUUUCCGGAUUGUUUCGAGUUUUUGCUUUAUAAAAAUGGCGCUGUUUUGGGAUAAAAUUGUAGAAAAGUACUUAAGCGACACUGAGUGUUUCCAAGCUAGAUCUUGAACUAUUGUAAUGAUUUUCGAUAUUGAAGAACACCAAAUCCUCGCAAGCUUUAUAGAAAAAAAAGUUCAUAACCCGAGUAUUUGUAAUGACUAUAAAAAAUCGACUUCAAUGUCAAUCCAAAACUUUCAAAACUGCAUGAUUGUAUUCACUUGGGUUGUCUGGAUAAAGUAAUAUUUUUAUGACGUUUGUGGCCUUGUGCAGAUUUAAAAUUUUGGAUUUGUUUUCAAGCUGCGCAGCCUUUUCUUACAAAUAUAUUUGGUUUGUGAAAGUUAUACUCUAAGCCCUUAAGCAAUAAAUUGCAUUUUACAUUUUUAUUUACUCCUUGCUUAAUUGUCUCGCCACGUUCUAUUUAUUGUAGGCCUUCAAUCUUCCAAUUUUUACAUUUCAUUUUUCUUUCAGUUUUGUAAUUAGGUUUGAUGAAACCAGAGUUUAAUUUUUAUAUUGACGAAGAUUUUCAAGAAUUGUUGAGUGUAUGGAUUUCGAAGCUUUCGAAUCUUAUUAGAGUGUAUUCAUGAAUAUUUAUUUUUUGUUUACAGAGGGUGUAGGAAAUCCAAUGGAAACAUUUUUGUAUAUUGCGGCUCCAGAAGAUACCUCUACUGCAUUGAUUUUUUCCAGGUUUUGUCACUCACUUCUUCUUCGAAAUUACAUACUUGACUUAUAUUUUUCUCUGUGUUUGCCUUAACAUAUGCUUAGCAGAUAAUACAAAUGUUUCGUAGUUAUUUGUUGUAAUGGAUUUAUUCCGUUAGUCGGGAAUCGAAUCUCGAUAGACCGUUUCUGGCAUAUUGUGGAAUUGGGAUAAUUACUGCAAUAUUAUUAUACUGAAGAACAACAGCUCUUCGAUGUUUCUGUAACCACUGAAGUGUGUGAUUAAGUCCGGCUUGGUCUUUGCUAGAAUGUCUGGCUUGAUUAUUGUUAGUUUGCUAGAGAAAAUCACUUCUCCAAGCAUAAAAUAAUGGUUAUUACAUCGUGUGUCCGACCGUACGCGUGAUGACUGACAGAUCUAAGCAGUUUUUUUAGGCGUUUCUUUAACAAGCAUAUGCUUUUAUACAAUGAAGGAUAUUGCAUACUUGGUUCUUACCAACGGCUCCGAAUUCAAAAGUAUCACUGUGCCGAUGCAUUAUCCCUUGGUGUUAGUGAAGAGAACAAUCACAUAGGGAAUCGACGAUCGAUAUAGAGCUUGUUACUAAAAUGGAAUGCUUUUCUGUGACAAGAAUGAUAGUUUUGAUGAUGUUUUUUUUCCGCGCUUCUGCGCGCGCGCUAUGAUCUUCAGCUUCGCUGUAAGA